AUGUACGUCAAUUCGGUGGAAACGAAAGAAGAUAAAGAGUUCAAAGAGAUGAAACGCGUCGUAGACAAGCUCAGCUGCAAUUACGACAAUCGCACGGCCGAGGAGAAGAGUCUGGCGAUGAACUUCUGGAUCCCAGAAAACACGCCCGAAUACAAAGAGCGCAUGAAAAUGCCAUCCAAGGAAAUCGCUUGUCCAGGAGGUGGACACGACGUAACACGCAAGAAACUGAUCGAAUUGAACUUCACGGUGAUUGACGAUAGCUUCGCUUGUCCAGCGUGUCUGAAGAAAUUCCAGCACCAGCAGGUUAUCGUCGUCAAACAAUGUGGUCAUUGCUUGUGCGGCGAUUGUUUCCGCAAAUUUGUUGGUCCCUCGAAGCAGUGUUAUUGUUGCCAGAUUCCGGUGGUUAAAAAGAAGGAAUUUUUGGUGUUGGAGAGUGGAGGGACGGGAUUCAGCUCGCAUAACAAGGUCGAUGUGAAGGUUUAUAAGCCGAACGAGAAUUGGAUUGUUUGUUGGAAAGUGGAUUUGGGAGGGAUGAUGUGA